AUGUGCGAUGAUACGACCAAACUAAACAAGUCCAAACUCGGAACCAAACAAUACUGGGAUCAAUUUUAUGAGCUUGAGAAGAAAAACUUUGAGGAGAACCCAGAGGAUACGGGAGAGUGUUGGUUCGCGGACAACGAUGCCGAAGCAAAUAUGGUAGAAUUUCUGAUGGAAAAUGUGGGACAACACCGAAUUUCACAGAAUUGCUCCAUUUUGGAUUUAGGUACUGGAAAUGGCCAUCUUUUGUUCCAAAUUUUCGAAGAAGGCUUCCAGGGCAAGCUCGUUGGGGUCGAUUACUCCGAACAUUCAGUUCAGUUUGCCAACGAAAUCUUGAAAAAUAAAUAUAACGGAGACACUCACUUGUCAUUUCACACUGCUGAUAUUUUUGAUCAUAGCUGGGCUCCGGGACAAUUCGAUGUAGUGCUAGACAAAGGGACCCUGGAUGCCAUUGCGUUGAGUGGGUUAGCACUCGAAGGUGGUAAAACUGUAGUCGAAGCAUACUCUAGUGUGAUCGAAAGCUUGUUGCCACCGAAUGGCGUAUUUUUGAUAACUUCCUGCAAUUUUACACAAGAUGAAUUGAUAAAAAUCAUUGAAAGCGAUAAUUUGAAGGUUUGGAACACAAUUGAGUAUCCUGUGUUCGAAUUUGGCGGCGUGAAGGGCACAACCAUCUGCAGCGUAGCGUUCAAGAUGCAAUGA